AUGUGGAGGAGGCUGAAGCAGACUGUGUUUUCUUUCAUCCCUUUUAACCCUAUACUUUGUCCUGGUGGCUCACACUAUGCACUUUUUGAUGCAAGACCACACGUGCAAGACUGGGGAGAGUCGAUUAGGUUGCGGCACCUGUAUACAGCGAGGAAACAGGGACAAGAAAGCUUCUUCCUCAGGAUACACAACGAUGGCAGAGUAGAUGGAGAUCGUCAGCAAAGUUCUCAAAGUUUACUUGAAAUCAGAGCAGUUGCAGUUGGAAUUGUUGCCUUUAAAGGUUACCAUAGCUCCCUGUAUCUGUGUAUGGAUGCUGAUGGCAAACUUUAUGGAAUGGACAAAUAUUCCCCAGAAGACUGUUCAUUUAAAGAGGAACUGCUUCCGGAUGGAUACAACAUGUAUAAAUCACACAAACAUGGGAUAGCAGUGUCCCUAAUUAAGGACAAGCAAAGGCAGCAAAACAGAGGAAAGGGAUUCCUGCCGCUCUCCCACUUCCUCCCCGUGAGGAACUGGUUUCCCUUGGACGACAUAAGUUCACCUGAUGAGAAAGACUAUGAAUAUCCUCAUCAAUUUAAAGAAAAAAUAGCUCCUUUUAUUGACACUAUGGAUGUUUUUGGACUUGAAGAUCUCGCAAGUUAUAAUAAGUAA